UUUUUUUUCCUAAAAUUUGGAAUUAGUUAAUCGAAUAUUAACUUAUGAAAUUAUACUUUUAUACCAUUCUACACUUGGUUGUAUUCCGGACUCAGCUUGAGUUUCCUGUGCAUUAGAAUGCUGAUCCUUCGCUUCUUUGAUGGUUAUGUUUGGUUUUGCAGCGAUUUUGUAUCUCAACGAGGAAAAUAGGAGAUGCUUAGAGAUGGAUACUCAAACACCGUUGUAUUUUUUUUAUCUCUCUUAAUAAACAUAACGUAAAAGAAUGGCGACAUAACGUAAAAGAAUGGCGACAAUGCGAUGGAAUUGAUAUGCAACUAAUGAAAACAGAGGAGCUUUUCAAGGAUAAGAAGUUUCAGCAAUGGAAAGGAGAAAAUCACAUCUCAAACAGAAGCUUCUCCUCCCCGACAAGUACACAAAGAACAAGCUAGAGAUUGAGAGAAGGGAAGAGAAAGCUUCAAAGGGCUUAUCUAUGUGGCUGACUCCUGGCAUGAGGACUCAGGUAGACACUGGUCUAGGCCUCGGUUUAAUUUCGAGCUCGAUGGUUAAUGGAAGAAGAAAUAUCAUUUCCUCUUGUGGCUUUACCUCUAACUCUGUGGCACAGCCACUACCAUUUCUUGAGAACACAAGGAUUACGGAAGAAAAUAAGGUGUUGAACUCCUGUGUUACAUCGCCGUUUUGUUGGUGCAUUGCAACAGCUCGGUGGUCAUGGAGGUAAAGACAAAUGAUCUUGAGUUUAGUUACUUAAUACAGAACUAGAACUAGAACUUGACCCCGCGUCUAUUUUAGUUUUUAUAAAUAAAUAUUUCUUUUUCAUGAUUAAUGAUAAAUAUUUUUUACAAUAUUGCUAAUUAUAUAUUAUUAUGUUUUAAAAUAAGAUUUAUAUAGUGUGAAUGCACUAAUUGAAUUGAUUGUUUCAAACUAUCAUUUGCAAUGCGUUUUCUUCGUAAUAUAUACUAGAUGAUAACUAGCGCGCAUGCGCGGGCUGAGUUUUUAUAAUAAUGUUUGUUUAUGAAAUGAUUUUAACAUUUUGCAACACUACAAUCUUUAUCGAUAAUAAAAUGAUGAAUACAAAUGUUGGUCUCUUAAAUAUAUCAUCGUUGUUGAAGAGUUAACGUAUUACAUCUCAUUUUAAUUAUUUUUAAGACUUCAUAUUCACAAAAGAAAAUUAAGUUUUGCGGCUGACACAAAUCACUAAAACCAAAUAGACAACAUCGAUUGUAUAAUGACGAAAGAGGAUUAGGUUUUCUGCUCUCGAUUUGUUUACUAUUGACUCUCCAUAAGUGAUUUCAUUUUCUACCUCUACAGAAUUGUACUUUCGCUAUCGUCGUUGUUUCAUUGAUAUGAGUUAAGUUUCUUUUUUAACUUCUUUUAUGAAUUCAGUUAA